AAAAGUCUGUGUCGACGAUGCUCCACCUGCUUUCCUGUUCUGAAGUGUGAAAAUGAAAGUCAAAACUUGAAGGGCAUUGCCUAAACUUGGUUCAGAUGACCAGACUUGUUAGAAAUGGCAGAGCGUUGUAGGCAAACCAUUACAGAUAAUUGGUACCAGCAUGCUGUGUUUUUUGAAGUGAAGCAUCUCACUAACAUAGACAAGGAGCGGAUCAAGAGAUACUUUAAUAUCAGGAGAAAUGGAGGAGGGGAAUGUGGAGAGGUGGAGGAGGUGGGAGAGAAGACCUACAGGAUUGCCUUCCUGGAGAAAAAGGUCCAGGAGAGAGUGUUGGAGAGAAGAGACCAUGUGAUCCCCCUGCCAGGUGGUGAGCUGUGUGUCUCAGUGAGAGACAGACGGUCUCCUGACUCCACAGAUCCACAUCAACCUCCACAGCUGCCCUCGGACGACCAACAGCAGAGUGGAGAGUACCUUGCCGUGUCACAGACUCAACCACAUUCUGCUGAGACCCCAUCUAGCAGUAAGGAGCUGGAGAAGGUGUUCAUCAUGGACCAAUACCUCCUCCAGUACCUCAGGGACUGUCCCAAGGCAAACCAGGCUCUGAACAAACAGCUCAUCGCCCUCAAAUCCUCCGUCCAGCUCUCCCCAGAGACAGAGCAGGCUGUGGUGAAGGGUGAGGCUGCUGGGGCGGGGCCAGUUGCCAGGCCAACGCUACUUGAAUGGGUUCUGCAGGUGGAGCAGAUCUUUAAUAGUGUGCAGAAUUUCUACCGUCCCCACUAUGAGGUGGAGCCAACGAAGAUGAAGAUCUUAAAGUCGAAUAUGGCUGCCCUGGAGACUGAGGAUGUGAAGGUGUACUUGGAAGAGGAGGACUUUGCUGUGGUGGUGGUGGGGAGAAUAGGGGAUGUGAAGGAGAAGCUGAAGAUGCUGGAGGAGAAGAACCAGACAAGGAAUGAUUGGCCAGUGUCAGAGAGACAGUACUACUUGGUGAAGGAGGAGCUUGAGAAGGAACUGAGGGUCCUCAGCCCCGGAGUGAAGAUCUCCCAAAAUGGACCCAACAAUCUCAUCCUCGAGGGACCCAACCAAGAAGUUCAGCUGGGAUUGACAAAACUACAAGAGCUUGUAAAAAUGAUAAAGGAAAAACUGGUUCAGCUUCCCAAGAUUAACUUAGACUUCAUGAAGGCCAGUGAUUCUGUCUCCAGAUUCCAGGCCUGCUUUGAGCGAAGCCUGUGCUGCCCAGUUGCUCUGGAGAUUGGAUCGGACCUGAUCCUAUCCAGCUUGUCAUCAGAUGCCCUAGAGGAAGCUGCAUCCAUGGUUCUGAAGGACUUGUGCUUGUUCACUGAGCCACUAGAGGGAGCUUUGGGCCAAUCUCCAGCACUGGACAGGCUGAAGGAAGCCCUAAGAAAAGCCCUGGAUGAGGCCAAUGUCACAGGACCCAGGGUGGUGGUCAAAUACCAGCAAGGAUCCUGUGGAGACCCCAGGACCAGAGUGCAACUGGUGGGCUACAGUGAAGAGGUGGGGAGGCUCAAGAAGAUACUAGUGGACUACCAGCUCAACCAGGCUCACAAAGGCUUGACGGGUACGAAGCCACAAGCAGCCGUGAAACUUACACCCUCUCGAUCACAAGAACCUGGUGUUGGCGUGUCUGGAACCCAGUCUCUCAGAGCAGGAAAUGCCACUCAGGCUGGAAGUACAGCUAGUUCCACUAGAGGGAGCAGUCCUCAUCCAGCUCCCACAAGUCACACUCUCAGCCAAGCAGGCUUGGAGGUUGUGUUCGGCAGUCUGGAAGACCAGCAGGUGGAUGCCCUGGUGGUCCCCAUGAUGAAAACACAACUGUGCUCCAGCAAGAUAGGCAAAUGUUUGAGUAGACAAUCAAGCAAAGUCAAGGCCAGCUUUGACCUAGCAGCAGGGGGGCAGUGUCGUACUGCAGGGGAGGUCCUGGAAGUCAAGUUGUCCUCGUUCCUCGGGAAACGCAAGGUCUUCUUUAUAGAGUGCCUGCCCUGGGAUGCAGCACAGGGUCAAAGUGAGAAGGCACUACGUACUGGACUCGUCCUGGUUCUGGACAUGUGCAGGCAGCAGGGCCUGAGUUCGGUGGCUCUGCCCGUGAUAGGACCUGGGAUAGCUCUCAAAUUCCCUUUGCAUGAGGCGAUACGUAUUGUGACUGAAGAGAUUAUAAAGUUUGGGUGGUCAGGAUCUACAGGAUUAAUCUCAACCAUCCGCAUCGUGAUCAAGCCUGGGUAUCCUGACUCUGAUGAGAGCUUUCAGGAUGUGCACAGGAACCUCAACUCCAAAAUGCUGAACGUGAGAGGACAAGUCUUCCGCUCACUGACCUUUGUGCUGGAUGACGUCACGCUGAAAGUGGGAGGAGUCCAAGUGCAGGUGGUCUUUGGUGACAUCACCAACGAGAAGACAGACGUAAUUGUCAACACGACUGACUUUGUUGACCUACAGUCAGCUGUAUGCAAAAAUAUCCUGACCGUGGCCGGACCUGAGGUGGAAACUGAACUGAGAUCAGCCCAUGUGACCAGAGGAGGGUUGUAUGAGACCAAGCCUGGUCAAUUCCCCUGCAAGUCCCUUCUGCACGUGUGGGGACAGAGCAACACCACCGUGAUCCAAGGCCUGGUCAGUGACAUCAUGAAGACAUGUGACCAGAAAGGAUACCAGUCAGUGGCCAUCCCUGCUAUCAGUGCAGGUAAGGGGGGGCUGGACCCUGAGCUGGUGGCAGACAGCAUUCUCCAGGGAGUCACGGCAACGGCAUCCUCCACUCCUCUCCACCACCUCAAACUGGUUCGCCUCGUCCUCUUCAAGAUGGACGUUUUCCUGGCAUUCAGACGUUCUGCAGAGCAGCUGUUACCCUCGGAGACGCUGUGGAGUUGGAUGGUGAAACUUGUUCUGGGGAGCAUAUGGAGUUGAACGUUGACACCUGAGGGGUGUGGAGUUGUGUCGACAAUAUAGGCACACAGUUUAUUAAUGUAACACGGUAAAACACUGUAAUGGAAUUGGGGAAAUGGAAAGUGUCUUCAAAGACACAGAUUCUCUCUCUCUCUCUCUCACUCUCUCUCUCUCUCUCUGAUUAUCUCUCUUUCUCUUUGAUUGUCGCUCUUAUCUCUCUGUCUCACAAUCUAACCCAGUUGUCUACUGUCUAGUGAUAGAUACAGAAGUAAAACAGAUUAAUGUCAAAGUUGUUUCAUCUUCCACAAUAAAGAGAUCUACACGA